AUGAAGUUCAUGAAGUACGCAGUUUUCUUUUACACAUCCGUGGGCAUUGAGCCGUAUACGAUGGCCUCUCGGCCCAAGAAAAUCAGUCUGUGGUCCAACCUCCUCUUCUGGGCCAAUGUGAUCAACUUAAGUGUCAUUGUGUUCGGCGAAUUCCUCUAUCUGGGAGUGGCCUUUUCCGAUGGAAAGUUCAUCGAUGCCGUCACUGUGAUGUCCUACAUCGGAUUUGUGAUUGUGGGCAUGAGCAAGAUGUUCUUUAUCUGGUGGAAGAAACCCGAUCUCAGCGAUAUGGUCAAGGAACUGGAGCACAUUUAUCCCGAGGGCCGGGCUCAAGAGGAGGUAUAUCGGUUGGACAACUACUUGAGAUCCUGUUCCCGGAUUAGCAUCACCUAUGCGCUGCUCUACUCUGUGCUCAUCUGGACCUUCAAUCUGUUCAGCAUCAUGCAGUUUCUUGUCUACGAAAAAUGGCUCAAGAUCCGCGUGGUCGGUCAGACAUUACCAUAUCUGAUGUACUUUCCCUGGAACUGGGAGGGCAACUGGUCGUACUAUCUGUUGCUAUUCUGCCAGAACUUCGCGGGACACACUUCGGCCUCGGGACAGAUCUCCACGGAUCUGUUACUCUGUGCAGUGGCCACUCAGGUGGUCAUGCACUUCGAUCACCUGGCCAGGACUGUGGAAAACGAAGAGUUGAGUGGCGACUGGGCGGAAAACUCGAGAUUCCUGGCGAAAACCGUGCGUUAUCACCAGCGCAUUCUUCGAUUGAUGGACGUGCUCAACGAUAUAUUCGGAAUUCCCCUGCUGCUCAACUUCAUGGUCUCUACAUUCGUCAUCUGCUUUGUGGGUUUCCAGAUGACAGUGGGUGUGCCGCCGGACAUCAUGAUUAAACUCUCCUUGUUCCUAUUCUCCUCAUUGUGCCAGGUGUACUUGAUAUGUCACUAUGGCCAGUUGAUCGCCGAUGCGAGCUCCGGCCUUUCCAUUGCUGCCUACAAACAGAACUGGCAUAAUGCUGAUAUUCGCUAUCGACGAGCUCUGGUAUUCUUUAUAGCUCGACCCCAAAGGACAACCCAUCUGAAGGCCACUGUCUUCAUGAAUAUAACUAGGGCCACUAUGACUGAUCUUCUUCAGAUAUCCUAUAAAUUUUUUGCUCUGCUCCGUACCAUGUAUGUGAAAUAA